GGGGCGCAGAAGGGUGCGGAGCAGUGGGUCAAGGGAGGCUUCAAGGCCCGGAUGGACCGCAAGGAGGCGCUGCAGAUUCUUGGGCUCAAGGACAACAAUACCGUCCCCUUGCGCUUGAAGGAUGCGCACAGGCACAUCAUGCUUGCAAACCAUCCUGACCGCGGCGGCUCGCCAUACAUUGCGAGUAAAAUCAACGAGGCGAAGGACCUUCUGGACAAGACGGACGGCAAG